CAAGAGCUUACCUCGACGAGACUCAGCUGUGGGCCUUUAGGAUAGGCCUUUGCAAAACACAACGCCGACGCCCAGGUUUGUGGUCAGGAGACCAAAACUGCAGAGACCUGAUAAUGUGCUAUCUUCGACAGAAGCUAGCGAUCGAUCUCCUUUGUCGCAGAGACUCUUCCAGACAAAUUUCCCACAAUUAGACAACGACCGGAUUGAAGAUAUUUCGAGUCAAGACUGCACGGUCAUGUCGGCAUCUAUACCAGGUGUGCUCAAUCCAGUCCAAUUCCUCUGCGGGCCUUCAUAUCUACCCUUCAGGCAUUUGUCUUGCGAUCAUGGGGCAAUCGCUUGCAACCAUCUCGACAUAUCUCCAGAUGUCCUUCACAAUGAGGUUCAACCCUUGGUUGGGCAGCAUAAGGACGACAAGAUAUCGUUCGGCAACGCCCUGGCCAUCGAUUACAAUACACUUGCUUUGUCCUCUGCCCCUAUGCCGUCGAUUGAAACUCAGAAGCAGCAAGAUUCCGCUCCGCCUUCAGCCUAUUCUGAACAGGCGCCGUCGAGAGGUCCAAAAGAUGAGACCAUCAGCCAGGGGAAGAAGCCUAUCUUGAGCCAGUAUUAUGACAUACAACAUAGAAAAGAAGGCCAACAAGAUAAUGUUGCUAAUGACGAAUCGGAUGUCAAGAACGCGUGGUAUCUACCAUAUAAGCAUGAACCGGACUGGAGUGCAUUGAAGACGCCUCAAGUCAUCUCUAAGGUGAUGAAGUUGCUUGAUCUGACCCGAGAGACGAGCGCGAUUGCGCAGCGAGCUGGAACCAUCGCACAACAAGAAGAUUUGUUCAGUACGUCUAGUACCAGCGACAGCCAUCUUGAGCGAGACGACGAAGGGGUGGCUCCCGAUGAAGAUGUACUGCAAUCGCCUGGUGAACUCUAUGCCGAUGAUGAUAAAGUGUCUGCGCCAACAAAACACGCGGUCUCUAAUUAUUCAGCUAAUCAUUGUUUCGAACCCAUCCCACUUGGGCCUCGACCAACACCAGUGGGCUUGCAUCCUCAACCCAAAGACGAGGACGAGGAUGUGUAUCAAGAAUUAUCGAGCACAAAAGGCAAUGACGCUGCUGUGUCUCUUGCUCAAGGCAAAAAACGAGACUCGACCUACUCUGAAGACACGCUUCCUAUUCCGCCAGUUCCGCCACGUCCGGCAACUCGAAGGUUGUCGGCCAAGAAAGAGAAUAUCGUCUCAUUCGCACCCUCCUCUCCGUCGUCAUCAUUUAGUGACGGCAGUAAAAAGUCUCUCCGCUUCAACCUUGACAGUAAGGCCAAGUCCUGGCGGCCUUCAAUCUCCAAGGCGACUGCUGGUGUAGGCUUUCACGCCGACAACGUCUUCAAGAAUGGUGGUCUCCGAAAUGCACCCAGCUCGCUUAAAAUGACACCUCUUGCAUUACCCGGCGAGACGGUCGACGAUGCUAUCAAGCGAAUAUCCACCUUGCAGAUACCAAAGCGGCCUACAUCAAAGGAUCUCCUGAGACAGGAAAUGACACGAUCCAAAUCAGCACUCUUAACCAGCAGACAGGAUGGCCUUGCUGGUAUUCCAUCGCCAAUAAUGUCUCCAUUCUCAUUCGAAUUUCCUCGGAAGCCUGAUGCCCGGUCCGUUUCGCCGGUACAAGCUGAGGAACUUUCACCACGCCAAAAUGACGAGAAAUCAGCUGGCACCUUCAGCUCUUACUCAUCCUUUACAGGUGAACGACUCGAAUCGACGAGUGCUUCGCGCAAACACUCAAGCCCAGAUGGCGAUGCAGCUCCACCACCAAAACGAUCGGGUAGCGUUUACAAGCAUCGGCGCAUCGACGGUAUCACGAUGAACCGGGAAGAAUCGAAGCUUUGGGCCAACUAUACCAACAGAACAUUGCCGCCAGCAUUACCAUCGGCAGCCGAGGAGUCAUAUUUCGGACCUACAUCACAUGGUUCAGAUUUCCUGUUAUACGAAGAGGCCUGCAUUAACGUCGAGCCCCGAUCACUGUUCUCUCACGGUGAUACAUUCAAAGAUCUUGUGUCGACUUCUGAAGCGAGGAUGGCGGCAGAAGAUAUAUUCGUGGAGCCUGGAUCCAAAUGCAUCGAGCGUGAGAAUCACCAGACCGCCGCAAAGUCAACACUGAGAGACAGCCCAAGCAUGCCAUCUCUAGGACCUAGCACUCCACGACAAAGCGAUCAUACCGUGUAUCGCAAACGACGCGCCCCUACCAAUGAUAUUGCCACAGUCGUCGAUGAGUAUAAGCAUUACCUUCGCGAGUCACAAAGGUUGGGUCGGGAUGCGACUGAAUUACUGACAAUGUCUGAGCGUGACGAGGGCAUAAUUCGAUCGAUGAUGGGAGGACCAGAUGCAGGUUGGUUCCAACCAGGCACAGCAACGUGGUUGACGAACGAGGGACAGAAGAUUGGAGGCGCGUUAGAAGAGGCCCGUCAAGCGCGAGAAGCGGCAGAAGACCACGAACAGCAGACGCGCCUCGAAGAAUGGUUUGCAGCACAAUUGGACAAAGCGCCGUCUGAAUGCGAUAUUCCUGCACAUUUACGUCCACCACCAGGCACUGAAAUCAACGAAUAUUUACGUAUUGGACGAAAAACCUCUGCAAGUGAUCAGACGCGUAGUCGAAGCAGCUCUCCCGAGACAGUGAUUGGCAUCAGCGAGCCUUCCUUGCGACCCACACAGCGUAGCCCUGAGCAGUGCUCGGUCGUCGCUGCAAACGAUCGUCCAGAGCCAGCGUCUGGGAAUUCUGGAUAAAAGAGUCGUAUUGGAACAACUCCUGGCCUCCCCGUCGGGACAAUGGCGAAUCAGAAUGGCAUGGUUGGUCAGAAUGCCGCCGGAUACAAUGCCUUGUCUGGGCAGGGUGCGAUCCCAGCCGGGCACUUCAGCGACAUGCAGCAUCUCGAUAGGAAUAUGGACGCAUUGAGCAUUGCGGUUCAAGAAAACAGAGCCGAGUGGCAGCUUAUAGAGGAGCUAUUGCUGCGGGCUUCAAGGAUACAAGGUAGAGUUCCUCGAGAUGAUUCACCACAUUUGACCAAUGGCGUCCACCCAGAUC